ACAGUCCAGCUACCCUCACAUUUCCAGCAAGAACAAUGUCGAGCCAUGUGAGACAUUGUUCUGGCUCACGUCGCUCUCUCAGACACUGCAUAUAAGCAUGGCCAUGUUGCUCCUCAGCAGAGAUCAUCACAAAGGCACAACCCGAAAAGCAACAUACCGACCAGCACCAUGACCGCGACCAUCCAAACCCACUACGCAACGCUCGGCCUGGCGCCAGAGGCGGAUCUCCCAGUCAUCCGCGCAGCGUAUAAAGCGCUCGUGCUCAUCCACCACCCCGAUAAAACCCUUCACCUUACGCCGGAAGAGCGAGCAUCGCAUGCCGCUAUAUUCCGCGAUAUUCAAGAAGCUUACGACGUCCUAGGCAGUCCUUCCUUCAAAGCCGCCUACGAUGCCGAACUCGAACGCCACGGUAAUCGCGUCGACGCAAAACGCUCCACCUUCCACCGCUCAGCGUACACCCGAAAGCCCAGCUCUCCAACACCCAAGCGCUCACACUCCAUCCACCUAACAACUCCUGAUGAAAAGCGGGCUAUGAAAGCCAAAGUCGAGCAAGAUCUCGCAUACCUGCAAGAACAGCGAGCAAAGCGCGAUGCUAACGAUGCGAAGCUGGACGACGCGGGCUUGAAAUUUAUGCUCCAAACCUGGGUGGACUUAGCGGAGGAGCACCAGGAUGAUGCAUAUCUGCGUGCGCACUGCGCAAUCCAGAUGCAGGUGUAUCAGGCGAAGGUAGCUAGGCGGGAGAAGGAGCACGAGGAGUGGCUUGCGAGUAUGUCGAAGCCGAAGGGUUAUCCGCAGACACCGCCUACUCCUGCUCCUAAGAAGGCCGCUGCCAGUGCACGGCGGACUACCCCAGUGUCUUCCUUCCAACCGGGCAAACGAGCCGAAGACCGCAAGCGUGCCGAAGCACAACGUGCCGAGGAAGAAGCUCUUCGAAUGCAAGCCCGGCAGGAGGAGAAGUCACGCAAGGAAGCAGCCAAGCAAGCACACCUUGACGCAAAAGCCGCUGCCGUUCGUGCCGAGAGAGAGAAGCAAAAGCAGAAACUCGAGGCACUAGCCAAAGAGGAUGCUGAGCGCGUCGCGAAGGCACGGGCUAAGGCCGGAGCUCCUCCGAAAGGUACGGUUGGCGCUAACGCGCCUCUCUGCGAUGAGGAAGCUUACUCUGGGAGGUUGUUCCACAACGCGACAGAUAAGCUUGAUGAUGUCAAGCCCGGCCCGAAGAAGGUUUGCGCUAAGUGUGAACUUGAGCAUGGUUCGUUCGCGGAGUGGCGCAAGUGCAAUAUGCAGAACUCAAAGCAGAAAGAUGGCGAUGAGGAGGAAGUUUACCUCCUUUUUGAAAUUUGAGUGCUCUCCUCGAGCUAGACACAUACUGUUUGCCUUAUAGCCGGGUGACGCCAACCAAAAGAUAAAAUGAAGCAUAUCAAUACAAGAUACCAGUUCUCCAUGUUGACG